AUGGCGUCGCCCAUUGCUUCGGCGGCGCUGAAGGCUCGUGUCAAGCGGCCUUCGAUGCUCAGCAAGCUCUGCCAUCCCGAAGACCUCUUACCGCACUUUCCCAACGGCGCCUACAUCGGCUGGUCCGGCUUCACUGGCGUCGGCUAUCCCAAGAAGAUGCCUACCUUCCUCGCAGACCACGUUGAGAAAAACAACUUGCAGGGCAAGCUGCGCUACAGCCUCUUCGUGGGCGCUUCAUCUGGCGCUGAGACCGAGAACCGUUGGGCGGGACUGGAUAUGAUCGAGAGGCGGGCACCCCACCAAGUGGGCAAGAACAUCGCCAAGGGAAUCAACGAGGGCCGCAUCAAGUUCUUCGAUAAGCAUCUGUCUAUGUUCCCGGUGGAUCUGGUAUACGGGUUUUAUACCAAGGAUAGACCGAAGAACAAGAUCGACGUCGCAGUGGUGGAAGCGACAGAGAUCAAGGAGGACGGCAGCAUCGUUCCUGGCGCCUCGGUCGGCGCGACCCCCGAGCUCCUCCAGCUCGCCGACAAGAUCGUCAUCGAGGUCAAUACGGCACUACCUAGCUUUGACGGCUUGCACGACAUUACCAUGACCGACCUACCCCCGCGCCGGAAACCCUACCUCAUCAUGGGCGUCGAGGACCGCAUCGGCACCAACUCGAUCCCCAUUGACCCGGAGAAGGUCGUCGGUAUCCUGGAGUCCGACUACCAGGACCAGACGCAGCCCAACACGCCCCCAGACGAGGCAUCUUCCAAGAUUGCUGGUCACCUCAUCGAGUUCUUCGAGCACGAGGUCAAACACGGCCGCCUGCCGGCGAACCUUCUACCCCUGCAGUCCGGUAUUGGCAACAUUGCCAACGCUGUCAUUGGCGGCUUGGACAACUCCAACUUCCGCAACCUCAAGGUCUGGACCGAAGUCAUCCAGGACACUUUCCUAGACCUGUUUGACUCUGGCCGGCUCGACUUUGCCACGGCCACAUCAGUCCGCUUCUCGCCCACGGGGUUUGAGCGCUUCUACAACAACUGGGAAUCGUACCACAACAAGCUGCUGCUGCGGUCGCAGCAGGUGUCCAACUCGCCCGAGAUCAUCCGCAGGUUGGGCGUCAUCGGCAUGAACACGCCCGUCGAGGUGGACAUUUACGCGCACGCCAACUCGACGUGCGUCAUGGGCAGCCGCAUGCUCAACGGGCUGGGCGGGUCGGCCGACUUUUUGCGGAGCGCAAAGUACAGCAUCAUGCACACGCCGUCGACGCGGCCGUCCAAAACGGACCCGCACGGCGUGAGCUGCAUCGUGCCCAUGUGCACGCACGUCGACCAGACGGAGCACGACCUGGACGUUGUGGUGACGGAGAACGGGCUGGCCGACGUGCGCGGCCUGAGCCCCCGCGAGCGCGCCCGCGUCAUCAUCGACAAGUGCGCCCACGACGUCUACAAGCCCAUCCUCAAGGCCUACUUUGAGCGCGCCGAGAGCGAGUGCCUCCGCAAGGGCAUGGGCCACGAGCCGCACCUGCUGUGGAACGCCUUCGACAUGCACAAGGCGCUGAGCGAGGAGGGCAGUAUGCGGAAGGUAAAGUCGUGGUAA